CGUACAGCGGCUCAGUGGCUCGAUCGAUGCAGGAGUGAGAGGAGGUGUGGACGACUACCUCCAUAUUCUUACUUAUUUCGACUAUUUACACCAUCACGAACGGGAUUUUCAGUGAAGAGACAACUUAAAGACUUACGGAAGAGGAGUGAGGCGAGCUGAGCCGCCGGCACCAUGAGUUAUCAGAUGCCCCAGCAAGCACGACCCUUGUCGCAAGGCGGGUACCACAACCCUACAGACAUGCCUAUGCAGAACCCCAAAGAGCAGAUUGCCAUGUGGCAGCAGAACACAUACAUGAGUGACUCGGGCAUCCACUCCGGGGCCACCACAAAUGCCCCAUCCCUCACUGGCAAGGAGGAGGACAUGGAUGCUGAUUGGAUUGAGGGACAACCACAGCCUGGCUUCAACCAAGCAGCCUUCACUACUGAGCAGGUUGACGACAUGAACCAGCAGUUGAACCAGACUCGAUCCCAGCGAGUAAGGGCUGCCAUGUUUCCUGAGACGCUGGAUGAGGGCAUGGAGAUUCCUUCAACCCAGUUUGAUCCACAGCAGCCCACAGCUGUUCAGAGGCUGGCAGAGCCUUCCCAGAUGCUCAAGCAUGCAGUUGUGAACUUGAUCAAUUACCAGGACGACGCUGACCUAGCCACACGCGCCAUCCCCGAGUUGAUCAAGUUAUUGAACGAUGAGGACCAAGUCGUGGUGUCCCAGGCAGCCAUGAUGGUGCACCGUCUCAGUAAGAAGGAGGCUUCUCGUCACGCAAUCAUGAACUCGCAGCAGAUGGUGGCAGCUCUCGUCCGUGCCCUCUCCAAUUCAAAUGACUUGGAGACCACCCGAGUGACAGUGGGAGCUCUGCACAACUUGUCUCAUCACCGUCAGGGUCUACUGGCAAUCUUUAAGUCAGGCGGCAUCCCUGCCCUGGUCAAACUUCUCAGCUCACCAGUGGAAUCUGUACUGUUUUAUGCCAUCACAACACUGCACAAUCUGCUGCUUCACCAAGAAGGUUCAAAAACUGCCGUGCGCAUGGCAGGUGGGCUUCAGAAGAUGGUUGCCCUCCUCCAGCGUAACAAUGUCAAGUUUUUGGCUAUUGUUACUGACUGUCUGCAGAUUUUGGCAUAUGGCAAUCAAGAAUCUAAGCUUAUUAUCCUAGCCUCUCAGGGACCACAGGAGUUGGUGCGGAUCCUACGUUCCUACACAUAUGAAAAGCUUCUGUGGACCACCUCAAGAGUUCUGAAGGUUUUGUCCGUGUGCUCCAGCAACAAACCCGCCAUUGUAGAGUCUGGGGGCAUGCAGGCCUUGGCCAUGCACCUCACACAUCAGUCAACUCGCCUCGUACAGAACUGCCUCUGGACACUGCGUAAUCUUUCUGAUGCUGCAACUAAAGUCGACAGCAUGGACCAGCUUUUGCAAAACUUGGUGCACUUGCUACGUGCCAGUGACAUCAACGUGGUGACGUGCGCUGCCGGCAUCCUCUCUAACUUGACGUGUAACAACCAGAGGAACAAGAUAACCGUGUGCCAGGUUGGUGGUGUGGAGGCCCUUGUGGCCACCAUCUACAAUGCUGGAGAAAGGGAGGAAAUUACUGAGCCAGCUGUGUGUGCCCUGCGUCACCUAACUGCACGGCACCCAGAGGCAGAAGUAGCCCAGAAUGCGGCUCGUUUAAAGAAUGGCAUCCCCAUCAUCGUAAACCUUCUCCACCCACCGUCCCGCUGGCCCUUGGUGAAGGCUGUGAUUGGCCUCAUCCGUAACCUGGCGCUCUGCCCUGCCAACCAUGCACCACUGAGGGAGUCAGGUGCUAUUCCUAGGCUGGUGCAGCUACUUAUUAGAGCUUUCCAGGACACUCAGAGGCAACGGUCAUCUGUGGCAAGCGGUGGUUCUGGCAGCAUUGGGGCAUAUGCUGAUGGGGUGCGCAUGGAGGAGAUUGUGGAGGGAACGGUCGGUGCCUUACACAUUCUGGCGCGUGAGUCACACAACCGUGCCAUAAUCAGAGGACUCAAUGUCAUUCCCAUCUUUGUACAGUUACUGUACAAUGACAUAGAGAACAUUGAACGUGUAGCAGCCGGGGUGCUGUGUGAGCUGGCAGCAGACAAGGAGGGCGCCGAGAUGAUUGAGCAAGAGGGUGCUACAGCUCCCCUCACUGAGCUCCUCCAUUCACGCAAUGAAGGUGUUGCCACAUAUGCGGCAGCCGUGCUGUUCCGCAUGUCGGAGGAUAAACCCCAGGACUACAAGAAGCGGCUGAGCAUGGAGCUUACCAAUUCCUUGUUCCGUGAGGAUGGCUCUAUGUGGCAAGGGGACAUGGCUGCCAUGCCCCCAGACCUCCAAGACUUUAUAGCCCCUCCUGAAGGUCACUAUGACCCCAUGUAUGCUCAAGGGCCACCAAGUGUUCACAGUGGCCAUGCUGGACCUAACUACCAAGGGGGCUAUGACCAUGUACCUGUGGACUCGAUGCAAGGAUUGGAUAUUGGCUCUCAGCAUGGGGGUCCGGGAUCAAACUAUGGUCCUAUAGACCCUAGGGAUCUACCGCCGGGUCAUCCUGGCCAUCCAGACUUGACCUUCGAUCAGCAAAUGCCACCACAGCCUCCUCGUGACAACAAUCAGAUGGCAGCUUGGUAUGACACUGACCUGUAAGCUGUCAUCUGCCACACUAUAUAGUGUGUUUUAAGCUAUCAUCAGCCACAAUGUAUAAUGUUUUUAAGUGUAUCUAAAGUAAAGAAAAACGGGGAAAGGAAAACCCAUGAUCAUAGGAGUCAAAUGGUCAUGUGACUUCAGGCUGACACACUAACUCCAAGUCAUUCAAUUAUGCCAGUGUUGACUAACCUGCAGGAUAGGUAACCCAAGAGAUUUUGGACUGUAUGAAAAAAAAGAAAAAGAACAUUAAUAUGAAAAAUGAAGCUGUGCUGACGAAAAUUAAUAAGAAUUCUUCGGCUGUUGAUAAAAUGUAAACUCAAUAUGUGCUUCUCCAGUUUCUUGGAGCAUAAUAUAUGUGUAAUGAGUAACUUCAAAAAGAAGAAAAAGAAAACAGCUGGGAUUUUUCAAUUUCAGUUGGCUCAUUUGGUUUAAAUUCCAAGUUUCAGUUUCCUCUGUCAACUUGUAGGAAAGUACUGGUACUGAACUUACUGAAUUCCCUUCCAUUUUUUUUAACUAUUUAAACUUGUGAUCAAAUGCAUGCAAGGAGGGGCCCUUCCAAUAAUUUUGUAUUUAUGUCUCAGGUGCUGCAGCAGCUUUUUGGCUUUUUUGUUAGUUUGAGUCUAGACAAGUGCACAGUAGCGACGUGUUGUGCACUUGUGGUGAAGUACGUACAGUACAUAGCUGUUUAAUGGACAUACCGUUGUUGUCUCAAUAUUAUGCAUUUACUUGUUCUUUGUUUAUGGUUUGUUAGUCUAGUGGUAAUACUUUGUAAAUGACUUCAGGAUAUUGUGUUCAAAAUUUUUCUUUGUUAUAUAAGUAUUGAAAUUGUAUUAUAGCACAAAUUGUUGUUCAGAAUAGCCAGUGACCUUCAGAUAUGUAUAUUGAUUCAGUUUAUUUAAACAAUAUGCAGAUAAGGAUGAAAUGCAUACAUUCUUUACUAAUUUAUGAAAAUUGAAUAGUGAGUGAUUGAAGCAUCAAAUAGUUGUAAGAUUUGGUCAGUGUUGGUUCUUUAUGAGCUCACGGUGGAUUUUUUUUCCUGAAAUGCGUAACAACUCGAUGGUAUCAGUCCACUGUAAUAUUUUUUACCACUUUUCUCUAGUUAGCUUUGCUGUAAGAAACUGUUCUUAAAUACACUGUAGAUUUCACAUGUAGAAUAUGAACUGUGUAAAAGUUCUCUUAGCUUUUCUUGCUGUAAAGGACAAUCACCCAUGAGCAAAGUUGUAACAGUGAUUAUUAUGUGUUGUUUACACACAUGUUUUUCAGUACCAUUUAGAUUUUUUGUAGAUAAUGUAUUCAUUUAUUAAUUUACAAAUCAUCAUCCUGCUCAUCCCAAGGAGUGAUCGAGUGUAUCCAAAGCUUCGCAGUUCAUAUGGCUCUCUGAACACUUUCUUUUAUAUAUAUCAGAGUGUUCUGUCAUCCAUAUGGCAUCAUUUUAUUUCCACUUGUUAAGAGGAUGGUGAUUUUUUUAUUAUAUACUACUUGAAGAAUGUAAAUCAAAGGUAACUGCCCAUUGUAAUAAAAUGAAGAGAUUAAUUGUUCAGAUUCUAUACAAGUGUUUUGGUAAAGUCUCUAUUUCAACCAACCAACAUAAGAAUUACAGGCAUUAGCGAGAUACUUAUUGCCCCGGAACAACUAAUCCCUACACGUUCAUUUUUGUGGGACUUUUUUCUCGUAUCGUUGACGUUGCCUCCCAUGACAGUCUUCAUUUAGUGGCAUGUAUUCUCUUAACUAUAGUGAUGAUGAACAAUGUAAUUAGUCAGGGAUCAUUACUUGUAUGUUUACAUUAUCAGUAUUCACUACUGAGUAAGCUGGUAGACUUAGUAUGAUUCCUGUCUACAUUAGUUUUCUUUUUAUCUCUAGUUCAAGAUUAUAUUUGCACCUUUCCUCCCAUAUUUUGGUUUACAAUGUGCCACAGUAUUAAAAUAAUAAGUGAUUUGCAAGUGAAUGAAGUCAUAAAACGUUCACAUCUGCCUUCUUUAUUCACAACUUCACAUCAUGGAGUAUACACACUGUGUACUUGGGUUAAGACCUAACACACACAAAAAAUCGCCAUCAACACCAGCGGCUCAUGUACACACUGUGUUCACUCGAUGAAAUUUUGUCAUUCAUGAUUUAUUUAGUUUACAUCAUUUCUAGGAAACAUUGGCUAACAACAACAGCCUUCAUAUAAAUACAGUUGGAUAAUGUGUUGGAUUUUUUUUUUUUUUUACAACAUUUUGAAGGUUGUGGUUGUUUUCCAGUGAUUCCUCCAAUGUAUCCUGUCAAACACCGCAUUUGUUAGUUUUGUAGUCUAUGUAUCAAUUCAUCAGAUUAUCCAGUGUAAGUGAAGUGAGAAAUAGAAUGUUUUUUUACA